GCGCGGCGGGGCGCGCGCCAUGGCUGGCCAGGAGACCCUCCGGGAGGGGAGCACCAGGCGCCUGCAGUCCAGGAGGAUGGAGGCUUCCUGCUUGGAAUUAGCCCUGGAAGGAGAGCGGGCAUGCAAAGCGGGGGAUUUCCCUGCUGGCGCCGCCUUCUUCGAAGAUGCGGUAAAGGUGGGAACAGAGGACCUGAAGACCCUCAGUGCCAUUUAUAGCCAACUGGGCAAUGCCUACUUCUAUCUGAAGGACUAUGCCAAAGCUCUGGAAUACCACAAGCAUGAUCUCACCCUGGCCAGGACCAUCGGGGAUCGGAUCGGAGAGGGCAAAGCCAGCGGCAAUCUUGGCAACACGCUGAAAAUCCUGGGUCAGUUUGACGAAGCCUUGGUUUGUUGCCAGAGGCACCUGGACAUUUCGCAGGAACAAGGAGACAAGGUGGGGGAGGCCCGAGCGCUCUAUAACAUUGGCAAUGUCUACCACGCCAAAGGCAAGGAGGCCUUGUGGAGCGUGCCCCCGGAGGAGCCAGGCCGGCUGCCCCAGGAGAUCCAAGGGGCUCUGCAAAAGGCGUCCGAAUUUUACGAGAGGAACCUCUCUCUUGUGAAGGAGCUGGCUGACAGAGCUGCACAAGGCAGGGCAUACGGGAACCUGGGCAAUGCCCAGUACCUGCUGGGCAACUUCAGCAAAGCGAUUGUCUUCCAUAAGCAGCGACUUAACAUCGCCAAGGAAUUUGGAGACAAAGCCGCCGAGAGGAGAGCAUACAGCAACUUGGCCAACUCUCACAUCUUCCUGGGGAGCUUCGAUAUCGCCGCUGAGUAUUACAAGAAAACCCUCCACCUCUCCAGGCAGCUGAAGGACCAAACGGUGGAAGCCCAGACGUGCUACAGCCUUGGGAACACGUACACCCUUCUCCAAGACUAUGAGAAGGCUGUGGAGUACCACCUAAAGCACCUGGCCAUUGCCCAGGAACUUGGAGACCGAGUGGGAGAAGGAAGAGCAUGCUGGAGUUUGGAGAAUGCUUAUAUUUCCCUCGGGAAGCAUGAACAAGCCUUACACUUUGCAGGAAAACAUCUUGAAAUCUCCCAAGAGAUUGGGGACCACACUGGGGAGACAACGGCGUGCACAAACAUUGCACAGCUGCGAUUGGCGUUGGGCCUGGAGCGGAGCGGCGAUGGGGCUGAUGCCGGAUAUGAACUCCAGGGAGCCAGACCAAAGUGGGCCCAGACAAACAGCAUGAACAGUCUUGAGCUCCUGAGGUUUCCAUCUGAAAAGGAUCAGAAUGGAGAGACCCAUCACUUGGGAAACCUUGGGAUAACUGGGAAAGAUUUCUUGUCGCUCUCUGCCAGAUCGCAUAAAUGCCAGGAAAACCAGUCGCGAUUGGAGGGUGGCAGUGACUCUCCUCUGGAAACCAGCGAUGUCCAAGUCCAGUUAUCUCAGCUGAAAAUCAAGCAAGCCCCUUCCAGUGAGGACUGCUUCUUCGACCUUCUGAGCAAAUUCCAGAGCAACCGGAUGGACGACCAGCGCUGCACUUUGGAGGAUGCCCAGAGAGGGUCAGAGGAAGCGGCUGCUACGCCUGUCCCUGCCCUGGGGGAGGCACAGACUCAUUCUGUGGCCUCCCCGCAGACCGAGGAGCUCUUCGACCUCAUUGCCAGCUCCCAGAGCCGGCGGCUGGAUGACCAGCGGGCCAGCGUGGGGGAUUUGCCCGGCCUCCGCAUCACGCCCAGCAACCUGGGCCACCUUCGCAUGGACGGCGAGGCCCAGGAGCCUGGCGACGAAUUCUUCAACAUGCUCAUGAAGUGCCAGUCCUCCCGCCUUGACGACCAGCGCUGUGCCCCGCCCAAUUCCAUUCCCCGUGGCCCCACCAUGCCCGAUGAGGACUUCUUCAGCCUCAUCCAGCGUGUCCAAGCCAAGCGCAUGGACGAGCAGAGAGUGGACCUGGCUUCAGCCGAGGAAGAUCGAGCAGAAGACCAACCUCCAGAUCAGCAGCAAAGGCCCAGCUUCAGUUAAGAAGCCAGGGCAAGAGGCCAGUGAAGGGAUGGACUUCUGGAUGCCCCCAGCUGAAGAUCUGGGCCAUGGCGUUCAGCAUGUUCAUGGGGGAGCUGGCUGCUUUCUGCACUUUCUCACCCUGGAGAAAAUGGCAGUCACGAGAGUGGGGAGCAGAAGGGGUGGGCAUUCUCCUCUCCAAACUGCCUCUGUGCCAGUUGGGCAAGGUUGGUAAGGGUGAAGCAUCUUCUCUGCUUGAGCAUCAGCUAUGAAAACCAGGCUGAAGACCUGAGAAGGAGGCCUAUGGGUAAAGGCCAUAAGCUGAAAACCUCUGAGAAAGAUGCAGGGGACCACCUGCAAAAAGGAAGGGGUUUGGGUCAG